AGCAAAGUUCAUGCAGCCUCUGCAGAGUCAACUACAUCACCGCAUCAUCGUAACGAUUCACCUCCAGUCUCCGUGAAUGCGUCGUUGAAGACGUCGGCCAACCGGAGGAAAGUCGUCCUCGAUUCGCGACACGAUCGGAUGUCGAUUCUUCCUCAUGUUCGUAUAAAAGUCACUGCCGACUCUGCAGGUUGAUAUUUGCAAUGCAGAAAUAUAAUAGUGCUUAGAAGAAAUAAGAAGAAUAAAGCUGUAAUCGACAACAUGGUUUCAUGAAUCGCAAUCUCGCGAGAUAUCGACUCGCUGAUUGCAGUGACCCAUCUAACCUGCUGCAACUUUGCUUAAAAAUCGACAAAAUAUUCGGCGAAAACACCUUCUGGAUGAUAUACAGAGGCCAUUGAAUGUCAUCGAAUAUAUACUGUCAAUUAAACUCGGCGUUCAUCAAACUCAGUGUCGACGAAAUAGUGUCGAACAUUAUCAAAACAUUAUUAAAUCGACUAAAGAAGAAGACAAAUUAAGGAAGAAUCAAUUUAGAGGAAUCGCUGUCUGAAUUGCGAUAAAAAAUGCAUCUAUUUAUGCCGUUUUUUAUUAUUUUCCUAGCGAGCGGCAUCGUGGCCGACUGGUCAAAAAUGACCAAUCCAUUGAUGAAAGUAUGGUAUACGUUCCUCCCUCAUUCAUCGUCCGAAUCAUCGAUUAGUGAGGAAAACGAUUGCGUCGAUUGCGCGCAGAAUAAGGUCAACAUAAUCGAUCCCGACCCGUUCUUGACCGAACUGAGAGUAGAGUACGUGAAACAGCAGAUCUUGAAGAAGCUGCGGCUGUCAAAGCCGCCCGAGGUCUCGAUGCCGCUGUCGACCUUGCCGAAGCCUUUGAUAAACGGCAAUGUGCUCGAACUUCGACCCGGAGCGCCGCCCGAGCCGGAAAAACCGGCGGAACAUUUCUACGGGAAAACUGACCAGAUCAUCGUAUUCCCGAACGAAGGUGUAAUCGAUUCGAUGAAAUAUCAUCAGAGUUCGAAUCACAUAAUGGGUUUCAACUCGGCGGCCUGUUUCACGUUUUACCUGCCGAACGAGAUGCUGUACGUCGACGUGACUUCAGCGGAACUUUGGUUCUACAAGGAGCAGGUCGAGAACGAUGACGAGCUCAACCAGACUUUCGUCCUAUCCGAACUCGAUCAUUGGGAUUUGAACGGCAGCUUCGCAAAGAACACCGUCAUGGCAAUCUUCGAAACCAACAUCGGAGAGGGUUGGGUAAAAACAGACAUGAAAUUCAUGGUGAAGAAAUGGAUUGGUCGACACCGAUUGAAGCACUCCAUUCAAAUAACUUGCACCACCUGCUUGACCAACCACGACACCGCACCGGUAUCCGUCGAGCAGACUCUGAAACCGUUCUUGGUCAUUCAUACGGCGCCGUUGCCGCAGAGAAAUAGGCCCAAAAGGAAUUCGAACUGCCUGCCCGAGAUGAAGGAGUGCUGCCGAGACGAUCUCUACAUUAAUUUUCGAGACAUCGGCUGGAGCGAUUGGAUUCUACAUCCGAGCGGAUAUCACGCGUAUUUUUGCCGAGGAUCCUGCUCCACAGCAGCAGCUUUGCAAGACGGGACGGAUUAG